ACUGCCAUUCGUGCGUUUAUUUUGUGUACCAGUAGUGAUAGAUGUAGUCACUCGUAGGGAGGACACGCCUCGGUUAAAAUGCUGUCGACCUGUCCAGGUGUUGCGGCAGGUGGGCGGCCGGGGGAAGGCAAACUCCACCGCGGCUACACAGGAGCUCAUCUCGGGCAAGAGAAGCGGCAAGGCCUCGGCGUGCAGGAGUGGCCCGACGGGUCCAGAUAUGAGGGAGACUUUGUCAGUGGUUUGAAACACGGCAAAGGAAAAUACACCUGGGCAAACGGAGAGUACUACAAGGGCUCCUUCUAUAAAGACUACAGGCAUGGUGAAGGAGUGCACUGCUGGCCCACAGGACACAAGUUCACAGGCAAGUUCUACCUCAACAGGAAAGAGGGAUACGGACUGCAGCUGCUCCCCGAUGGGACCAUGUUUCAGGGUCUGUAUCAUGCUGAUCAGAGGUUUGGUCCUGGUGUGGUUAGUUACCCAGAUGGACGUCAGGAUGUGGGUCUGUGGCACAGGGAGCGUCUGCUGAGGCUCUGCACCUCCAUAGAAUGGGGGUUUAGCCUGAACAACUUCCCUGAAUACGCUGCCUAUAUGGAUUCAGCUGCAAUCAUCAGAGACCCCCUGACUCAGACAGAAUAUAUUCCACAGUCUCAGGUGGAAACAGACCCCCUGCUGAGCCCCUACAGAGAUCUGCAGUCAGACGAGGGUUUUAUCCUCCCUCCUGACAUGGAGAUUUACUCCACAGACGGCGACCACCUGCCGCUGCCCCCCGGCCGAAGAAAAGAGCUGGAUCAGCACUUCCACGGCGAGCUGUGGGAGCCCAACUCUAGUCUGUACCAAGGCUAUGACCGAGACCCACUGUCCACCCUGCCCCUGCUGCCCCGCAUGCAGGCUCACAUACACACACACAGACUGCAGGCACUCAGUGUGGGCUGGGACGUGGCUGCGGUUCUGUCCCUGAGCAGGGACGGCUUUGGGACUAAAGGCCCAUUAGAAAUCAGCUCGGAGCUGCUGAUCCAGCAGGCCUCCCUGGGGGAGCGGCAGGCCGUCUCCCAGAGCCUCCGCACCGGCUUGGUCCACCCUGAUGUAGCAGACACACGGGGACACACUGCCCUCAUCGCUGCCACAGUUAACUGCCACAAUGAUGUAAUACACCUGUUGCUGGACAGGGGUGCCGAUAUUGACAAGUUGAAUUGUGAAGGCAUGUCCGCCCUGGCUGUGUGUCUUGUCCUCUACUACCCUAUCCAGUCUCUGCACACCACUGUAGCCGAGGAGAUCCAACUUGAACCACUACCCGAAACACUGCCUUUGAAAGCUCAGUCAACAUGUGGCAGCAGUCCUGAUAUCAGCGCAGUGGACUUCAGUACAGACACAACCAGGGCUAACAGCAGACCUCAGAGCAGUGACACAGCCCUGAGCAACCAGACCAACCAGACUCCCUUCUCUGACCAGACAACAGAAGAACUCACAGAACAGAUUGCAAGCCACAGAAGCAUGGUGUCUGAUGACAGCGACCAUGGCUUCUCCACUGACCUCCACAGUGAUCUGCUGGAUCGACCAGAGACCUCUGCAGACUCUCAAUGUGGAGAGGAGGAUGAGAGAGAUGAGGAAGAUGGUGAACAGGAGGAAGGGGAGGAAAAGGAGGCAGAGAGAGAGGGAAAAGUGGAUCGACCAGAGACCUCUGCAGACUCUCAACGUGGAGAGGAGGAUGAGAGAGAUGAGGAAGAUGGUGAACUGGAGGAAGGAGAGGAAAAGGAGCCAGAGAGAGGGGGAAAAGUGCAAGAGAUGGAGGAAAUCGAGCAGGAGAGAGAAGUUAAGACAGGAAAGGUGGAGACUGAAAUUGAGCUUGGUGAAGGUAAAGAGACUGAAGCAGCAGAAGAGGAUGUAGAUAAGACAGAGGAUAUAGAGAGAGUGGAGGGAGGAGGCGAGGAGCGUUUCAUUCAGGUGUUUGACGGUGACAUCCCACUGGGCAGUGUGCCGUGGAAGGAGGGUGGAGCUAAAGCAGCAGGAACCCCUCAGCACCAGCAUACACCGGAGGAAGGUAGCCUCACUCCAAGCUUUGACUCUAACCACUCCGUGGAAAGCUUCCACAUCCUGGUCACAGAGGAAGCGAUGCAGCGCUCGGCAGAAGGACUGAGUCGCACAGGGAUUCCCCAACACACCGACACACAGGAGACUGUCUGCAAAAUGGCUGCCAUGAAAAUUGAGCACCGUGCUCGUUGGAACACUCUGAAGCUGUUGUUGGAUCGUGGAGCAGACCCGAAUGCAUCCAGGGUCCCCAUGCCUGUCCUGUUUCUCGCAGUCAAGGCCGCUGACACUGAAGCCGUUCGAAGAUUGGUUCUGUGUGGAGCUCGCACCGACAUCCCCCUCCCACCUGAGAAGAAAGGCCUGUACCCCCUGCACAUAGCUGCAGGGUUGCCUGGUCCAGCUGGUCCCAGAAUCACAGAGCUCCUGCUGCAUGCUCUCAGCGACCCCGACACACAGGCAAACGACCAGGACGAGAUCUAUGAACAGGAUAAGAUUGCAGCAGAGAUGCAAGUAAUGCGGGGCAACAACAAGAGAGCGGCCCCGAAAUCCCAGGGCCCCACUACCACGUUCAGCUUGCCCUCCAGCAAAGCCCCUGUGGAGGGGGGCAGGACAGCCCUGCACGUGGCCUGCCAGAGGGACAGUGACUACAUUCAUGCCAGUGAGGUGGUAGCCCUCCUGCUGUCUCACGGAGCCAGCACAGACCUCCUCUGGAGUGGACACUCUCCGCUUUCUCUGGCUAUUGCUAGUGGCAAUGACCUGGCUGUAAAGGAGCUGUUAAAAGGAGGUGCAGACCCCAACCUCCCCCUGAGCCGCGGGGUAGGCAGCGCCCUCUGUGCCCUCGCCAACAUCAACUACCACUCAGGUGGACAUCCACACAACAAAACUAAGCUGUUGGAUAUGUUAGUUAAGGCUGGUGCCGACAUGCUGAUGCCAGUUAUGGUGGGGGAGGUUCUUGGCACCGUGGUUGAUUACGCUCACUAUGCCUUCAAACAGGACUCACGUAUUGCCAACACUCCCUUCCACGCUCUGAGCAUGCGGGAAAGGGAAAUAUUCAAUGCACGGCGUCGGCUGCUGAGCAUGAUGGGAGAUCUGCUGAGGCAGGCUGCUGUCCAAAGGGAGAGAGAGAGGCUAGAGAAACAGCAGCACCUGGAACCGCACAGUACCAGCAGUUCAGGCAGCUUUGUGUAUACGGGGGCAGGAGCCAUUCCUCCAAAGGAUGGGAUCCCCGGCUCUAAAACCCUACCACAUGUGACAGAAACACAAAGAAGGCCAUUGUUUAAGUACUGCUAUCAGUGUGGUCGCUCUGUGUCUGUGGUGCUGACAGCCUGCAGCCGCUGCCACCAGGUGUAUUACUGCUCCACGGCCUGCAAGCUGCAGGCAUGGGAGGAGCGGCACAAGGACGAGUGCAUUCGCGUGUCAGCAAGGGAACCUGGCACCCAACUGAGUGCCAGGUUGAAAUCUCAAAGAACCCCCAGGCCCUUGAGCACGGCACGGAGAAGCACGGCACAAAAGAUCUCCGAAUGGCACGGCACGGCACAGAAGGUCUCGGAAAGCCAUCCCAACCUGAAGGAAACCUACAGUUCUAACUGACUGAUUCUUAUAAACCACGACUUCACAUGUCUAGGAACUUCUUAACUACAACAACCACCGAUUGCCUUAAUUAAUUGCAUGGAUACUGUUAAUUUAAUUAAAAAUAAAAAGGGUCAAAAUUCUGAUACAACUUCAAAUCAAAAUAACUACAGCUCUAGCCUCUCAGGCCAGACGUGUUUGCUCUCAUUUAGGGUUCUUUCUGAGAAAUAACGUCUGGAAACGUUUACAUUGAUCAGCGGUUGUGGAUUCAGGCGAUACAACUGGAUCCAUUGGCUUUCCUUCUGAAACCCGCCUGCCUGAAAAAUGUCUUGUUCAUGCAUUCAUUACAUGCAGCUGAAGUAGAACCAAAUAAGUUCUGAGUAAGAAUAACACAAAUGUGAUGUAGCUGGCAAACGAAGAGAACAACUGGUACUGAUUUUACUGUCUAUUGCUGACUUUAAUAUCCCAAAUUUAGUCAGGAUGAUUUGAGAUUUACAACUGUGGACUUCUGUUUCACACUAUAGACAUUGAUCAUCCCAUCAUUCUUUCCACAUCCUGAAAACACCCUUCAUUUAUAAGUUGGUACUUCUGCUGUCACCUGUCUGCCCACUCUCUUUUCGACUGGUCGUGUAAUAAUAUCGUUCCUGAUCUGGUGAGAGGGCUUUAAUAAAGCUCCACAGUUAUUGUGAUGGGCCAGUGUGUCACCUAAGGUCAAGUGCCUUGUAGAAUUUUUUAACAGGUUUUGUCCAACUGAAUGUUUUUAACCAAAAUCAUGUUUUUAUACUGUAAAUAGUCAGUUUUGUACUGGAAGGUUGCACUUGGUUUGGAGGAUCAACAGUUUCUUGCAUGUUAAAAUUUUUGUACUUUGUAGCUCAAAUAUGAUGUAUCACAUUUGUUGCACUGUGUAAACAGGAAGCUGACUAUAUUAAAAACUGCAAACUGCACACAGGUGGAAGUAACUAAUUACAUUUACACAUGGUACUGUA